AUGGCGCCCCAGGACGAUGACCUGCUCCCUGAGAACACCUCGGGCUACAAGCUCUCCCAGCCCAAGCACUCCUUGGCCGAGUAUCAGAAGAUGGGUGCAUGGACUGGAGGCUACGGCCAGCGUCAUCUUCGUCCCUACUUCGAGCACACCCCCGAUCUCGAGUUCUUGGAAUCCAAAUACCGGAUCCUGUUGUUCGAUGGUACCACUCCCCACCCAUCCUUCACGGGAGCACUGGACGAAGCACGUGUCCAAAGCGUCUUCCUGCUGCAAGCGUUAUCAGGCCUGGGCUACCACGACUUGCACGCGUCUUCGCGUCCCUUCCUCUACCCUCCUUAA